AGGGUCCAUAGCCUACUCUCCUACGUUUUACCUUUAGUGACGUCAGCGAUCUCAGGUGAGAAAGGUGCGGAAAUGCAGGUUUAGGCUUAAUGGCUGCCAGAAUUUGACGUCGAGUGAAGACGUUACUUGUGGUGUGUUUAUUGAAAUUAAGGGGACGUGUGGCGUCUGUUUGUGUGUGGGAUGCUCAGAGCAUUUUCUCACUGCAAAGGAAAUUCCCCAAGCAGGAAAGGCAGCUUUUGGUCAGAGUUAGGCUAUCGUAGGUCAUGUUAAUAUCACGGUAGCCUAUUCACAGGUUUUGGAAUGAAAUUGUCCCUUGGUGUCGUUUUAUUGUAAAUAUUUAUGAAAGCUACAGACAGUUCCUGGUUCAUACUCCACAUAGCCACGCGCGUCAGGAACUUUGGCUGAAGUUUGAUGUGAUAUUUCUGGGAGAGUUGCGCCUAAGGUGCAAGUGAACGUAGCCUAUAAGCUGCUGCCCGUAGCCUAUUUGGCUGUAGCCUACAAGACAAAAAGGAAAUCUAUUUGAAUCAUGGAGACUAUUGAGAUUGAAGAGAAGGACCCUCUAUCUUACCAGCAAGGGCAAAGGGUCCGAAAGAGAGGUGAAGGUGCUGAUGAGGUUGAUGGUAUCGGCUGCUGUGGAAAGUUUCAGACCUCUGUGUCUAGAUGGAUGCUUCCAGAAGACCUGCGCAGCACAUACAUGGAACGAGCCAACUGUUGCCCCCCACCCAUCUUUAUAAUUUCUAUCAGCCUUGUAGAGCUGGCGGUGUUUAUCUACUAUGCAGUGUGGAAGCCGCAGAAGCAGUGGGUGACCCUGGGCGAAGGCAUCUGGAACAGUCCGCUGUCGUACAGGCCGGAUCUGCGGGAACAGGCCUGGCGGUUUAUCUCCUAUAUGUUUGUCCAUGCAGGGGUGCAGCACAUCAUGGGUAACCUGAUCAUGCAGCUUUUACUGGGCAUCCCUCUGGAGCUGGUACACAAAGGCUUCGAAGUUGGCAUGGUCUACCUGGCCGGAGUACUUGCUGGAUCUCUGGCCAGCUCUAUCUUUGACCCUUCGAGUGCACUGGUCGGGGCAUCUGGAGGUGUCUACGCCCUCAUGGGUGGCUACUUCAUGAAUGCAGUGGUGAAUUAUAAAGAGAUGAUGCCUCUUUUAGGAAUAUUUCGUAUACUGCUCAUCUUGCUCAUUGUGGGAACAGAUGUUGGGUUUGCACUCUACAGAAGAUUUCUGAGUGAUGAAGUUGGUAUGAAGGUGUCCUUUGUGGCUCACAUCGCUGGAGGAGUGGCCGGAAUGACCAUCGGUUACGUCUUCUUCAGCAGCUAUAACCAGAAGCUCCUGAAGGACCCACGUUUCUGGCUGUGCAUUGUGGGAUACAUAGUUUGUCUCGUGUUUGCUGUACUUUUCAAUAUCUUUCUGUUUCCGGCAUGAGGACAACAUGAUUAUUUGAAUUGUAGUGUUUGUUUGUUUGUAUUUGGCCUUAUAUUUUAAAAUGGUUAAACUGUCUAAGGAGCUAGAUGGUGCUUGUGAUAUUUCAAAGAUUUGAGCGUUGUUGUAGGCCAAGUAUUCUAUGUUUUUUUUUUUUUUAAAACAGCAAGUCUGUUGAAAAGCUUUUCAAGCAAUUCAGAUUCACACAGAUUGCAUAAUGAUUCAAUACAAAAAAUACUCUGUAUGUAAAACAAUUUGUACGAUAUGGCUAUUUCAUAUUAAGUUUGAUAAGAUGCAAUACUUAUAGGCUAUAUUAUUUACAUACUACUAUACUAUAUGGUUGUUCUUUUUAAAACGGCAACAUAUAUUGACUCCUUUCUUAAAAGAAUGGGAGCAUUUGUCAAGCUUUUGUAAGAUUGUUUUUUUUCCAUAGCUCUUUUUAUCUGUUGGUCUGUUUGUCCUGAUAUAGGUCAGGUUCUGAAAAACAUACUUCACGUGGUGAUGAUUCGUAGGCCUAGCACAUUGUAGUCACUUCCUCCCAAACAGGAAGUGGUAUCAGUCAGCUGUAAUCACCGGUGAAGUGCAUCAUACUUGUGUUAUUGUUGCUGUAUCCUUUAUCUACAUUGUCUGAUGCUCUGGCAGUGAUUCAGGUCCCAUGCAAGCCUUAGUUGGUAUCUUGGUUCCCACACACCAGUGAACUUUUUGCCAAUUAGUUUAGUGGCAUAUUUGGAAAUGUUGAAGUAAGAGAACGUCUGUACGAAACAAAUGGGUGUAUUUUUUUCUUACCGCUUUCACACCUUUAAUGAUAGCGGUAAAGAAAAAACGUGCUUGCACACACAGAGGUGAAAGCGGCUAAAUGUGCUGUAGUGCAUAUGCCAGCCCAGUUGAUGGCGCCGUGACGGCCGCAAAGGCUUCACAUUUAAUUUGCGUAAUGCUUCCAGUCCUAAUGAUGGCACUGCAGGUGGUCCAGAAGGGUUAUUCUUUGUUAAUCACAGAAAAGCUUUAAUGCAGUAAUUUUUUUAUUAUCUAUUGGUAAACAAAAAUAUGUAUAAUGUUGUAUGACCACCCCAGGUCCAUCUGCUUUGUGUUGUAAGCUUUUGGGCACUAGAGGGCAGGCCAUGGCAGUCACUCAGGGUAUCACUCAUCUGUGUCAUGCUGCUCUUCAUCAUGUAAGAUUUCCCUGUAAUCAGCAGGAAAACAUGUUUUGUUAAAUGGACAUCAAUCCAGGUUUAGUUUGAAAUUUGUAGUGCAUUUUCGUAUUGUUUGUUUCAGGUUGUUUUCCUUUGUUUACAUUCCAAUGCAUGUGACCUUUUCAUUCACUGAAUAACAUUUAAAUACAUUAUUUCUACCUA